AUGUUAUAUCUCUUUCAUCACUUAUUUCUCCCUCCAAAACUCCCACAGGAAGACGACUACAGCGUCGACCGUGAGAUUCUGCUGAUUGAUGUGGUGGCCGAUGCUCUUCAUAGCUUCAAGGCCUACUUUUCUGCAGUCGAUGCUGAAGUUAUUGGACUAGCUUCGACGAUGAUCAUUCGACUGCGACGGAUUCACGGUCCCAAUGGCGAGAUGGAUGAAGUGGAGCUUGAAAAGAUUCUGAGACGGCUGAAAGAAGAAGGUAAACUUGAAUUCAGCGGACAGGGUAUAGACGAAAUAGUUAAUAAGUCUUCAGGUGGUUUCCUUCCAAUUCACGUCCGCGAGCAGAAUGCUGCUAUUUUGAUCAGCAAUAAAGGCAUUAAGACGCAUAUCGAAUGUUUCGAGCUCUCUGCCGCCAAUGAAGCGGUGAUGUCAACGAAGGGUCGGCUUGAACGCACAUUUCCUGGCCCAACGUUGGCUUUCGAUACCUGUGUCAUCAGUGAGCCUGAUCUGCUUACGAUGUUGGCGCAAACAAUUUCACGCAUGAGCCAACAGCCCGUUGCAGGUACAAAGCCGAAAGUUCGAAAAUCAAAACGCAAGCAUGACGAAGACAGGGAUACAACCGAUCCGAAAAUGGUCAUCGACUUUCUCAUGGCCACACUUCGGCCGCUGUCCACGGACGUCACGGACGAACAAAUCCUGAAACACUCUCGUGAAGAAGUCAUGUGGCGUGAUUGUCGUUCUCCGUGGAGACGGUCAGCUUUAUGGCUUCUCAUUCGUGUCGCGCUUCAAUUGGUCUUUUCCCGUUUGUCGGAUGGCCGAGGACAGGCUCAGUUGUAUAAAUCUUUUAUGAUAUAUCUCAUGGGCUCGACCAUCGAACGAAUGUCAGAAACAGCUUCUCAUGAGAUGCUUCACCUCAUGGCGGCCAAGGUUGUCCGUCGACUAUUGAAAUUCGCGUCAGCGGGAGAGCCGGCGUGGUUUUCUCCAAUCCGGUCGAUUCUUCAGCGGGUGGGUGAUAAAACCCAGAUUGGGUGGCAGCGUGUCGUGGAUCAAAACGACAGUCAAAUUGAUUUCCAGUCUCUGAUGGAGUUGGAAUUCAUGAAAGAUACAGAGUGUUCAUUGCCUCAGCUGGAUCGCUACUUAUUGGACAUGAGCCGGAAGAGUGAUAAAAAUCAUUCCGAGUCGUUCCAGCCAUCUCCGCAGCUUAUGCUUUUUGAGCCAGGGAAUCUGCCGAUGGGCUUAGAUUCGUGCGACCCUGGAUCCAUCGUACAGAAUCUUUGUGGAUUGGAAGAUUGGGUCGAGUCAUGUCUGGGCAGUUGGAUAGAAGAUCAUCUUGAAGACGCCGCAACAUGCAACCAGCUUGGCAGUUUAAUUUCCGAGUACCACAAAGUGGCGUUCAGGGCAUACCUGCACAAUCCUGAAGCCAUGUCUACUAUGCUGCUUACACUGUUGGAAUUAUGGAUUGCCUGCGACAAGUCAGUCAUUCGCUUGCACUCACAGUUGAAAGACUAUGAUCCUUGCAUACCCACGGGCUGCUUCUACUCCCUCUUACUCCCUUUCAAAUCACAAAUGAUGCGACUUGCCCGUGCAGAGGAGUAUCUGGAUCAACGUCAGAGACAAUUAAGACACCCCGGGCCUGGGAUUUUCCAUGAUUUCGGAACGAGGUCUUGCUUCUCAGUUCGGUAUUUCGAUCAAUCUGAUGAGCAUCGACAGUUACUUCGAACCAUCGAGGAGCAGGCCAGCCACGCCAGGGACCAAAAAAGAGCUGAACUGGCAGAGAAACAAGCCAGAUACACCCACUUGAUGACUUUGGCGUCUGAAACUGAAUGUCAGUACGAGUAUGUUCUCGUGGAUCGAAGAUUUGGUUUCCGCGAGUCGCGGCAUAGCCAUUCGUGCCCAUGCCAUGGAUAUAAAUCAAAGGCAAAUUCAAUCACGAUUGACAUUCAUGAAUGGCCGUUGCCGACCGAUCCCCUGCGAGCGAAAUCCACUAUCUUCGAGCUGCGAGUCCCACAGCCAUUCGGUGGGUGGAGAGACACCACGCUGUACGUGCUUCACAAUUGCUUAGGUAUCGAGUAUUCGAAAAUUGAGAAACCAAGAUCCGAGUAUCGGUUGAAGAAAUAUCAAGGGCUCUCUUCGUUUUUCUCUUCCCCGACUGACUCCAAGCGGCUCUGCCUUCUGUCACAAAUUAAACCUCACCAGAAGACCCAUCGCCGCAAGAGGUUAAUCAUCCAUGUCGGAGAAGAUGAUGUUUGCUUAAAUAAUGCUUUGCACUUCCAGUACUUUGACAACACUGCAGGAUGCUUUGUGAGCAGUUUUGAGAGGAAAGAGCAGACCGAAAUCAGCUGUACCUAUCAGCUGCCGCAACGGAGCUCCACGCUUCAGAAAUUCCUGUUUCGUCCAGCCAGUCAACCACACGGUCUGUCGCCGAAUACCGUGAUUGCGACCCAGAAUGCCACACCUGUGGAAAUGUCACUGGCAGAAUACAAAUCUCUCGCAGCAAUGCCACUGGGCCUCGAGAUUCAAUGGCAAAACAUCCUUUUGGAGUUGUCAAUGCCUUCGAUCGACAUGAAAAAGGUGGAGACCGCAAUAUUCUUCCGUCAGAUUGUCAACCAAGCGGGCCUGCCCAGCACAGACACCUGGAUGAGACGCGGGCAUGCGAUCUUGUGUAAACCGGAUUUCAUGGCGAGGUUGCUCUCCUCUAUCAGUGAGGCAGCGGAGAGGAUGAAAGAGAACUGGAACUUGGUUCAUGGAUACCACACGCUCAUACAUCUCCUUCUCCGAAUGCUGAGUCUGUCACCCUGUGAGACUGACCGUCGAAGGUGUCUCGGUCUUCUGAGCUCAAUGCGCCAAAAAGCCUUUCAAUGGGUCGAAACGGUCAGGAAAACGGCCAGUCAGGAGAUUGACGACGCGCGGAAGCUUGACCUGGUUGCGAAAGCCGUCCAUAUUGCUCUGGUCUGUGUUCAAACAUUUGACACCGAAACCCAUUUGCAGAGCUUUGCACUGUCGUCGGAUGUUUCGAUGUUUCUCGAGUGCUGCAUGAUCAUCUGGAAUGGACGUGACUCUCUGCCCUUGGAAGCGGGCUCCUUGCAGCGCAUACUGUACUACCGCUGGCAAGUUUUGUGCUAUCACACCCGUGCAAUAUUGGCAGAGAAAUGUUCCAACACUUCUCCUUCCCCAAUGGACACUGCCAUUUUGGGAACGUGGGCAGCAUACCCAGCCGGUUCAAUAUGGUCGAAUGUUUCCCCAUCUGUGGGAUAUUGGCUUCACUCCAUGCGUUCCGAACCGGCUGAAGAGUGUACCCGAAUGCAUGUACACUAUAACCUGCUGACAGGAGAACUUCUUGUCAACGGACUUCCACUCGCGCAUCUGCCGGCUGAAUAUAUGUCAAACCAGAGAUAUCGUACGCUAUUUGGGGAAAGAUCACAAUUGGAAGUUAUGCCAAGUGACCAGCCCAGAAUGCAAUUUUCGUGUCGAGCGGAAUACUGUGGUCAUACUGUUCAUUUGGGCAUGACCCCCGUCCCCGAAUCGCCACGGUUUGACUUGUCAAUCAAAGCGGUGAGAGGUGACCAAGCGUGGGAUUUUGUGCCAUGGAGACUACUUUCUGGCCAUUUCCCUGAUGAUUUCGUUCACAAUUACGCCCACUGGUACGCCAUCGACAAAGGGUACAUUGAAUUCCGGCCUCUGUCAUCCCCUUGGGUCUCAUCCAAGCAUCAUUGGCGAUUACGCAGGGGCAAUUCGGACGAUUCAUGGCGUUUGGAGAAUCAGGAAUAUCAACUGGUCGGCAGCACAAGCAAAACGGCGAAUACCUUGGCUAGAAUAUUCAAUCCCUUGGAAAAGGCUUCCGAAAUACACGGCCGGCUCGACAAAAUUGAAUCGACGUUGCACAUCGACCUCCCCCGUUUGCGAUUGGAGUUCAUCCUCCCGGAGCGCUCCACGUCGGUUCAAUGUCGACAGUAUCCGGGCAUGAUCAUUGAUGCGAAACAAGCAUGCAAUUCGCUGGUCGGGCUUCACAGUAAAUUAAUCCUCGUGAACACUAAUUUUCGACAGCGCAUCAUUCUCAUACCCGAAGGCGAUGUUGUCUGGUCAAAAGCCGGCGAUCACGUUCAAGUUAACGUGGUAUGCGAGGCUCAAUGGCAUGCAUAUUCCAUUGAUGAGCGGCUUGGGCGUUUGGUAGAUAAUGAAAGCUUACAGAGCAAGCUGUUCCUGGCUUAUUUGCAUGCUCUCACUUCAUACUUCCUCCCAGAUCCAUUGACCAAACGAACUGGCACCGAGCAGGCCCUUUCCAUCCUCCGUUCUGCGUCUGUCCGAUCGUUCGACCGACUCCAGCCGGAGAACGUCGCGAUCCUCACCAAGAUCGCCGCGCUGACCCCACAGAGAAGAUUCUAUCCCGAUAACGAGCAGGUGAUGCAGAGUGUGGAGUGGAGCCACGCUCUCGGCUGCUUGUCACAACACCCAGGGUUUCACGAUGAGGUAGCAGCCAUCCGGGAUCAAAACUCACGGGUCGUCUUUUACUACCCUGGCGAAGAACCUGCCACUCCUUCUCUUCCAAAGAUUGACCACCAUCUGCUACUCCGUGAUCAAAUCCGCACUUCCUCAUUCCGGGUUUCUCGAUUUGGCGCAGAGGAUCACACAACGAAGCACGACUGCCAUUACGCAAGCCGUGACACCAAUCGCUCGUCCCCGAAUAGCACUCGAGCGUUCACAAUCAGCACGAUGCUUUGCAACAGGAUAUCUCGCACGCGAAAACUUGAAUCGGGGGAUUGGCUCUCCCACCUCUGGAAGUUUCUUUCUACUUCGUGUGAAAUCCGCGGCCCUGGGGCCCAGAUGGAGAGCGCUAAGUUGCGAUAUAGCGCAGAGUGGAUGCUCACCUCCCGAGACUUUAUUGUUGAGAAUUGGUGUGCAAUACACCAUCUGGUUUCAUCACAAAAUCGUCGCUUUAACAAGUACCAGCUCCUAAUCUGGUUGUCAACCAUCGCCUACUCGGCCCAGGCAGACAUGAUUGUCGUCGAGACCAUUGCAUCAUUGUACUUGAAUCCAGAAAUCAUGUGCGAGUACACGGCCAUCCGAGGACAAUUUCAACCCGACGAAGGUUUUGAAUGGGACCGAGAAAUAAUUCAGGCCCUCGUACAAUCUGCACAGCUUGAUUCAACACCGGAAGAUAGACUUGAACCCAUAGCCUAUGAGACUUAUGACAUUUUUGGAUCACGCAUCAAGAAGCUACGGAAACAGAAUCGGAAACUAGCAUGCAAAACUGCGUCAGAUCAUUUUUCCCGUGAAUGGCCUACUAACUCGCCAUCGCGUCCUGCCUCACAAGAAGCCGUGAACUUGGAUGAAUACCUCAAUCUUCGCAAAAUCAUGGACAUGGUGACAGAGAGGUUCUGUAUUUGGAAAGACAACGGUCAGCUUCGGCAAUGCCUGGCCAGCAUGAUAAACCAGCUAUGUGGACAUCCAGUCAAAGGUAUUCAGCCACCGUCCUAUCCGCAGCUGGCCCAUCCACAGGCGGCUGAAACACGAAGAGGGGGCAUCUCUUUUGAUGACUUGAUGACGGUAUCUACACUGCCUGAUAUAGAGGAGCCUAUGUUGACGGAUAUUCUCCGGGAGAGCUCAAAAGCGAUUGACCCGACCGGUGAUCUGUUGAAUCUGAUUGAUUCAAUGGAUAGCUACGCUAAUUCUCCGUAUGAAGAAUGGUACGUGAAACUGUUAAGAGAUAGUGUAACAUCGCUGGCAUACACAAAAAGACAAAAUCAGUUCACGGUUGCCUGUGACAAUCUCGAACGGUCUGUCAGCACCUACCUCAUCUCGUGUGAGAGGUAUACCCAGGAUGUUUAUACAGCUCUUACAUCGCGGCUGCUGCCACCUGGUCCGAUAGACGGGUCACCGACAUCCAGCACUUUUAAAACAACUGUUUCCGCCCUGGCUUUCAGGGUUCACCACGCCCCGAGACUGUCACCCAUUCUCGUGUUGGAGCAGCUAAGCCGGCAUCGGUGGCCACGAUUAGCCAUUCCGUGGCAGAAGUGCUUCAUAAUCUACGGUCGUUCCAUCACAAUGCUCCAGCGAGCGGAGCGACUCUGCCGUCUCGUCCGCAGUCCCGAGGAUUUUCUCAAAGAGAUCCGCAACCCGGGCCAUACCAAUUGGGAUCCUUUUGAAAAGCCAGAGAACCUUCUUUUAGAGAUCGAAAAUGGCAUUUUGAUUCGAGCGAACCAGGAAAACAUUGCCCAAACGAUGACGUGGUCCACCCCAGGGCAGAAUAUCGUGCUACAAUUGAAUAUGGGGGACGGAAAAUCCUCGGUAGUGGUGCCUAUCGUCGCCGCGGCGCAUGCCAAUGGCCGAUGCAUUGCCGGUGUUCUAACCCCAAAGCCCCAAUCGCGACAGAUGCACCAAAUGCUGGUUGGAAAGCUGGGCGGCCUCCUGGAUCGUCGAGUGUAUCAGCUUCCAUUUUCGCGGUCAUUGAAUCUUCGGGAGGCUGAAGUGGAUGAAAUUCAGCGCAUGUGUCACGAGUGCAUGUCGAACGGCGGCGUCUUGCUUGUGCAACCGGAGCAUAUCCUGUCGUUGAAGCUAAUGUGCCUUGAAUGCUUCAUUACCGGGAAGACCGUGGUGGGGCGCUCGCUGCUCCGAACCUUGAACCUCUUUGGCGAAUAUGCAUGUGACAUCAUCGACGAGAGUGAUGAAACUUUCAACGCCAAGUUCGAGUUGAUAUAUUCCAUGGGGGGCUCAGCGCCCUGUCGAGCUCAGCCCGCAGCGAUGGAACCUCAUUCAGGAAUUGUUGCACUUGGUACGAGUCAAGAGAAAGGAGGAUUUCCACGAAUCCGCGUGUUGGACUGCGAUGCUGAACAUGCGCUGCUCCAACGGAUCGCGACUCAUAUUUGUGAGAACGGAAUUGGCCCCCUACCGAUCGCCCGACAACCUCACGUGGUCCGACAGGCGGUUUUGAUCUAUAUCCUGAAGCCGGAACCCACCGCCGACGAGAUAUCCACAGUGGAAUCCGACGGUGUGGCGGGCUUUUGGGACGAAAGCAUCCAGAGUCACCUCUUGCUUGUACGGGGCCUGCUCGCAGGAGGGGUGUUGGCAUUCUGUCUGGGGCGAAAGCGAUGGCGUGUCAACUACGGGCCCGAUCCGCGCCGAGACCCACCGACUCGGCUUGCGGUACCGUAUCGCGCCAAAGACAGCCCUUCAUUGCGCUCGGAAUUCAGUCAUCCCGACGUCGUCAUCCUCCUCACCUGCCUUCAGUAUUACUACAGCGGACUCACCAACGAUGAUAUCUCCCUCGCCUUCGAUCAUUUGGCCAAAUCCGAUGAGGCGGAGGCAGAGUACCAAGCCUGGGCACAGGGUGCACCAAUGCUCGAGCAAGACUUUCGGCAAUUGACCAGUGUCAACCUGGAUGAUGAACAUCUUUGCGCGAACCGAAUUUUCCCUGCACUUCGGGUCUCGAAAGCUACAGUGGACUAUUUCCUUUCCCAGAUAGUAUUUCCUAAGGAGAUGAAAGAGUUUCCAGACAAGUUGUCCGCGUCAGGCUGGGAUACGGGAGAGUUCAGAACGAACCCCACCGUCGGUUUCAGUGGAACGAACGACUCCCGGAAAUCCCUGCCUCUGGCCGUCGAUCAGCUUGACCUUCCGGAGCAAAACCAUACAAACGCCUUGAUCUUGGAAACUCUAUUGAGGCGCGAGAACUCGGUGGUCGACAUCCCCACAGGUCAUCGAUCAACACAAUCGGAUGCCCAUGUGCUAUUGGACUUGGUGACGAAGCUGGACCAUCCCACAAGGGUGAUUCUGGACGUGGGUGCGCAAAUCUUGGAGCUGAGCAACGUGGAGGUGGCAAGGCAAUGGUUAUCCAUUUCUCACAACGAGCAGAUCCAAGGCGCUAUCUUUGUCAAUGAUCAGGACAAUAUUUGCGUGGUGGACACGAAGGGUCGAGUGGAGCUUCUACAGACUUCACCGUUUGCGUUUCAGAUGGAGGCUUGCUUGGUCUUCUUGGAUGAGGCACACACGCGAGGCAUAGAUCUCAAGCUGCCGGUGGAUUACCGUGCGGCGGUUACCCUGGGCCCGGGGAUCACCAAGGACAAGUUGGUUCAAGCCUGUAUGAGGAUGAGAAAACUUGGCUACGGUCAGUCGGUCAUUUUUUGCAUUCCUUACGAGAUCAAGCGCCAAAUCCUUUCCUCGCGGAGACGGGAUGAAACCACGGACAUUGACGUGUCCGACGUCUUGCGAUGGGCGAUCCUAGAGACGUGGAAAGACGUUAGACGCAGCAUGCCACUCUGGGCUGUUCAAGGCUGCCGCUUCGCGAAGCAACAGACAAAAUGGCAGGACCACCAAAUGCAAGACAGCGUCAGCUUGGCCCCGGAACAGGCUCAAACGUUCCUCGAACCAGAAUGCCAGACUCUCGAGCAGAGGUACAGACCGUCCCAUAACACCGUCCAACAGAUGGAUGCAAAUAUUGAGGUUUUCGGGGCCAUCCAUGAGCGCUGUGGUGAAGUUGGAGGCCUAGCUCUGUCCUCUUCCCUCGAUGAGGAACAAGAGCGCGAGCUCGCACCAGAAAUCCAAACCGAGCGUGAAGAUCAGCUCCCUCCCGCGGCACAGCCUGCCACGCACUGCAUCGAUAAUGACGUCGUUUCAUUCAUUGAAUCAGGCAUGAUUCUGCAAUUUUCUAACGCCUACCAACCCGCCUUCAUCACUUUGCGUAAUCUUUCCGCCGCAUUGCAGAUAGACCUGGAUCGAUUUCACUCGAAUCUGUUGGCAACUACUGAUUUUUCCAAAACCAUUCAAUUUCCGGAAGGAUCUUCAUUUGUCGCCGAUGCUUACCAACGAUCUGUGCGAUUCAUUCUGUCCACUGCUCCGUCUGUUCCACGGAAAGGAGACAGCCUGGUGUACAUGAUGAUCAUCAGCCCGUACGAGGCAAAUGUUUUGAUGCCGGCAAUUAGAGAAUCAAGAGCGGUCGCUCUUCACGUGUAUGCUCCUCGCCAAAAUCGAGAGUUCGCACCUCUCGACAGCCUUAUGCUCUAUACCACCCCUCCGGUCCUCGACAUGGGCCCUAUCCCUGCCCUCCUCCGCAUGCAGCUAAAUCUUUUUGCGGGCCAGCUUUACCUCGAGUCUUAUGGCGAUUACCAGGAGCUUUGUAUUUUCUUAGGUGUGGCAUCGGCCCCAACACCAGCCGGUUUGUCGGUUGCGGCAGACGGUUUCAUCAAUAUGAAUACGAAUGGAACUUUCCUUCGGAGCCCACUGAAGUUCAUCAAGUUUUUACUGUCCCAAAUUCGCAAGGACUGCCGAGAUAUCCGAAGGACCCAUUUAGGACGGAUUGUGGAUGGUCAAUUGUUAACCCGUUCGGAUCUGGAAGAAUCUGCCCUCGCCAUUACGGAACGGGCUAUCCGAGCACUGCAGCUCCCAUCCAAAUAA